CAAAUACGAACUCGUACUACAUAUCCCAGAAUCCUUUUCUACCCAUGCGUCACGGACCGAGGGAUUAACCGGAAGAGACGUAUGGCUCCUUUCUAGAAGGUGAGGAAGAGGUUGUGGAGACAGCACAACUCCAGAUGGAGAUGGAGUCGGAGUCUGAGACGCUCUCGGCCGUCAUGGCUGACAGCUUAAAAGUGUCAGAGACUAGAGAAACCACUACAGACCAAGAGGACGACUGUUUCUAUGAUUGUGAGGACACAUUACCUGGAGAAGAUGGACACACUGACGUUAAACGCACAGAGAGGGAGCACAGCGACAAGCUGGAGUCAGAUGAUAGGACAGAAAAUGAGAGACUAGAAAAUAUGGAUGGUACUGAGCGGUUGUGUUCGGAUAGCUCAUCAGCAGAGGAUUCUGAAGGGCACGAGGACAGUUCAGCUGAAAAGACACAUGACUCUUUAACAACCGACCUGGAUCCUGGGAAGGACAAUGAUGAAGAACAGGAGAAAUGGGAUAGGUCUGUGGAGAGCGACGAGCUGAAAGAGGGCGACUCUGAUUCAGAAUUUAAAGAAGAGACGGUCAAGGUGAACGAGUAUGAUGAGGAAUACCUGCGUGAGCAGGAGAAGGACCUGACAGAAGAAGAAAAAGAGAGCAGAAGAAAGGAGAGUUUAGAGCUGAAGGAGAAAGGCAACGCACAGUUUAAGAGUGGCGAGCAUGUAGAAGCUGAAGAGUCUUACACAGCCGCCCUGAGAGUGUGUCCUGUGUGCUACGGUAAAGAGAGAUCCAUACUCUUCUCUAAUCGAGCUGCCGCACGCCUGCAUCAGGAUAAAAAAGACAGUGCUAUCAGUGACUGCUCUAAAGCCAUAGAACUAAAUCCAAAUUAUGUCCGUGCCAUUCUGCGGAGAGCAGAACUCUACGAGAAGACAGACAAGCUUGAUGAAGCUCUAGAGGACUACAAAACUGUCUUGGAGAAAGACCCAGGCAUCCCUGCUGCUAGAGAGGCCUGUAUGCGAUUGCCACGGCAAAUUGAAGAGCGAAACGAGAAGCUGAAAGAAGAGAUGAUGAGUAAGCUGAAGGACUUGGGCAACAUGAUUUUACGACCCUUCGGUCUCUCCACCUCCAAUUUUCAGGUCAACCAAGAUUCAAACACAGGAUCCUACUCCAUUAAUUUUGUUCAGAAUCCAAAUAACAACAACAGAUAACUAUCCAGAGUCUUUUUAUAAAGGGACACAACAGUCAGCUGCCCCACAAGUGUUCAGUCACUCUGUGACUACUCAGUGCACUAAUUCAUUGAUGCAAGUAAUGUAAGCUGUUUUUCCAUUGACCAUUGUCAGCUCAUGUCAAGUCGCUUUUGAUUUUGGGUGAACUUUUAAGCCUGUAUUAUAUAGAAAUUAAGUUGUUUUUGGCAUGGCAGAAUGUUACAUUUGCUGUGAAGCUGGUCUCUGUGAUCCAGACUGUCAAAAAUCAUGAGCAGUGAGAUAAUGGCCUUCAUCCAAACUGUGUUCAACCUUACCUGCGUUCACAUUAAACCAGCGAUUAUGAUCCUGUA